CGUUACAUACUAGCAUUUCGAUAUUAAAACGAAAGCUGUAACUGAACGACAACGUAAACGGACAACGAAUUCUAAAUUGUGCGGGCCCGCUCCUUCAAAUCAACUCACCUUCGGUCAGCUUCAACGAGAUUACCUAUCUUGUCAGCAUCCUAUCAGGAGCUUGUUUUGUCCGGUGAGAUAAUUUGGAAAGCAAAAAAAAAAUCAUCAGAUGGGUCAGUCUCGUGCGAUCAGCGGCGCGUUUCGUAUAGUUUAUGCCACAUCGCGUCUUUCGUUCACUCACUGUGUGUUCACGGAUCUGCUAAGCCAGUUGAAGAAAGAUGAGUGAUUCCGCUAGGUGUGCCGGCAACAGUGAUCAAGGCCACGCAGUGAACCCCUUUCGAGAGGUAAUCAGUGCUGAAGAAUGUGAGCAAAUCGUACGAAAUGCGCUGGGAUCGAACGACAUCACGGUGGUCGAGUACGAAGUUACGAAAAUUCCCGGACAUAUCGGAUUCUUGGGGGAAUAUCUCCGGCUCGAGGUGUUGGUAGAGAAAAAUGGAGUUCAAUCGCGGGAGCGAUACUUCCUCAAAUCGCUGCCCAUCACGGACAAGAACCAACGAGCCAUGAUGGAGUCUUUGGGAUUUUUCCGCAAGGAAGUCGGAGUGUACUCCCGGAUACUGAGUGGAUUCGGACACAAUGAAGCGCCGGUCAAGUGGCGUCCAAACUGCUAUCUUACACGUGCCGACCUUAUCGUACUGGAGGAUCUGAAGUGGCAACAGGGAUUUAGCAUGAUACACUUCCAGACUGCGCUGGAGCAAAGCCAUCUCCAUUUGGUGCUGGAAGCGGUAGCCCAGAUGCAUGCCUUGUCUUUGAACUACGAAUACAACUGCGUUAGUGGUCAACGUUUGGACGACCUGUAUGCGGAUGUGCUUUUCGAGACGUCCGUCAUUCGAGAUAACAGUUGGUUUAUGGCCGGAUUAAGCGGCAUUAAGGCAAUUGCGCUGAAUGGAACUAAAUACUCGUCAGAUCCAGCAAAAAAGCAAAUCAUGGAACAGCAGAUAGACGAAAAGCUGAACGAGAUUUUUGAUAUAGUCAAACCCACUCACGACUUCCAAAGCGUUCUAGUUCAUCGAGACAUUUGGCUCAACAAUCUUAUGUUCCAGUUCGAAAAGGACCCCGCAACGGGCCAAGACAAACCGGACAUUCCCAAAAGAUGCAUUCUCUUAGACUUCCAAAUUUGUCGCUACUUGCCACCGAUCGUUGAUUUUCUUUUGACGCUUUAUCUCACCACGAGACGCUCCCAUCGAGAGCAAUUCUUCCAAGACUAUCUGAGAUUUUAUUACGACCAUCUGUCGGACAGGAUGCGCUCGUUCAAACUGAAUCCGGAUCAAAUGUUGCCUUUCGAGCAACUAGAACGCAGCAUUGGACACUACAAGAUCAUCGCGCAUGUCUUUGCCGGGGUUUAUCUGGCCUUGACCAAUCUACCGGCCAACGUGCUGGACCAGUUGCACCAAGACGAUCCGGAACUGUAUCAUCAGUAUUGCAAUAGCAAUCGCGAUGAGUUUAUGCUGAAAUACCUGCGAGAGGAUGAGUUUUAUCGCGAAACAAUGACCGAAUGCGUGGAAGAAACCGUUGAAUAUUUCUUUGGAUUUGAAUAAGGGGACGGGUAGGACUACAUAUUGUAAUGUCUUUCAAUAAAGCAUGAUUUUUAUACCAACA